AACCUUCCCCGUUUCCACAAGCUUCCUGGCGCUGCAUUCAUUUUGCAAUAGAGCCCCUGGGUCGCCCUUGCCAUCUUUUCUUGCAGAUAAGUCCCUGCCCCUUCUCUUUUUCUCACAUUCAGGUCCUUUUCCCCUUCUGCGAGUCGUGUAGUACUCCCUGAAGGAACUCUUGCAUCCAGCCCCCUUGCCUUCCUCGAAUUCUUGUUCCCCGGUCCUUCCUUUGAUCCUGUCCCGUGUAGAUCCGUUCCAUAUCCAUAUCCAUCCGGGGAGCAGAGCAGAGCAGAGCACCGGCCGCCGUCCCCCAUGUUUACCCACCAGUUUCUCUAACGGCCGCCGUCCUCCGAUGAAGCUGAGCGUGCUCCGUAUCCGCCGUUCCCACUCCUUCUCCGUCGCCUUCCUCUACUGGUUCUACGUCUUCUCAUGAACGCCUCGCCCCCCUCUCCCAACAACUCCACCUGCUGAUCCCUUGUUUCUUCCUUUCUGAGUUGGUUAGACAGAUAGAUCUCUCUUAGUUUCUUCUUGAAUCUUUCGGCCUUUUCUUUUCCCCCUUUCUUCCAAAAAAAAACGUUCCUUUUUUGAGCUGAGCCUGUCCAACAAGAACAAGAAGGAGGAAUCAUCCGACGAGACCAUGUCGUCGUCACGCCGGAGCUCGAGCCCCGACAGCAACAACAACACGGACGUGAGCGGCGGCGGCGGAGGCGGGUUCGCCGCGGACGAGCGGAAGCGGAAGCGGAUGCUGUCGAACAGGGAGUCGGCGCGUCGGUCCCGCGCGAAGAAGCAGCAGCGGCUGGAGGAGCUGGUGGCGGAGGUGGCCCGUCUGCAGGCGGAGAACGCGGCGGCGCAGUCCCGCAUCGCGGCGUUCGAGCGCGAGUUCGCCAAGGUGGACGGCGACAACGCCGUGCUGCGCGCCCGCCACGGGGAGCUGUCCAGCCGGCUCGAGUCGCUCGGCGGCGUCCUGGAGGUGCUUCAGAUGGCCGGCGCCGCCGUCGACAUCCCGGAGAUGGUCACUGAAGACCCCAUGCUCCGCCCCUGGCAGCCGUCGUUCCCCCCGAUGCAGCCCAUCGGGUUCUGAGCCUGCGCCGGAGCCAAGUCAAGACAUUGGCCGUGGUUUAUACAGUGUCGCCAUGGUCAGUGGUCACCUACCGCUGCUAUCUACUACUCCUACAUGCCCCCAAGUGCUAGUUUUGUGUCGUCGUGUGUCUGCACUCUGCAGCAGCCUUGGCUGCUUAUCAUGGUUUGCUUCUUGUUAGUGUUAAUCUAGACUGUUAUCAAGAAUGAUCAAUUUGUCGUGUGGUUAUGAACUUGUGAAUGUAGCGAUGUGCUCUGGCGGUGAGACAUUAUCAAGAAUGUAUAAGUGUGCCGGAGAACAUCAUCGUUCUGUGGUUGUAAUAUCUUUGCCUGUGAAAUUAAAUGGACCUAUAUAUAUGUGUUUAUUAUGUGAA